UUCCUUCAGGCAGAUACCAUCAUGCAUCCUUGGGUCGCCAUCCUGGGCCUCAUACUCCUUCUGACAGAUGGUGUAACGUCUUACCCACAAGUGACUGGAGUGGUGGGUCAGUCUGUCAGGCUACCCUGCAGCUAUGGUGGAGAAGUCGCGAGCACAUGCUGGGGCCGAGGGGCAUGUAGUUGGCUUCUCUGCAGAAAUAACAUUCUCUGGACUGAUGGAUACAGGGUCACCACUCGGCAGGACAGACGCUACAGCCUACACGGAAAUAUUGAUGGGGGGGAUGUGUCUUUGACCAUAGAGAAUGCAACCCUGUCUGACAGUGGCUUGUAUUGUUGCCGUGUUAAGAAGAGAGGGUGGUUCCAAGAUGUAAAAAUCACCCUAGAGCUGAGAAUAAGGCCAGCUCCACCUACAACCACCACCACCAACAUCACCAUUACUACAACAACAACGACCACCACAACUCCAACAACGACCACCACCACUCCAACAAUGACCACCACCACUCCUCCAACAACGGCCACCAUUACUCCAACAACAACAAUGGCCACCACUACUUCAACAACAACUAUUCCAACAACAAACACCACCAGUACUCCAAGAACAACAACUACUCCAGCAAUAAGGACCACCACCACUACUACCCCAAAUACAACCAUCACCACUACUUCAACAACAAUGGUGGUCACAACUGCUCCAAUGACAACUAGGGCCUCUACCUCUGCUCUUCCAAUGCCAACACCCACAAAGAACCUCCAGCCAGUAGCUUCUUUAUCUUCUCCAACGCAGACAGCAGAAACCCAGCCUACCACUCUGUGUGAAAGAAAUAUGACUGGCUUACCAACACACUCUUGCUCAACAGAUGGGAAUGGCACUGUGACACAGUCUCCAGAUGCUCUUUGGCGUGAGAAUCAAACCCCUGCGGUGUUGGCACAAGGUCCACGGAUGGGCACCAGAAAGGGAGUCUACAUUGGAAUCAGUGUUACUGCCUUGUUAUUGAUCACGUUUUUGGUCAUAAUUAGGAAAAGAUAUUUUUGCCUGAGUAACAAGGUGGAGUUACUACAUGUGAUUCCGUUGAGGGAGUCUCACAUUGGAGCUUUGAAAAAUGCAGCUGUGAAUCAUGUCCGAGCAGAAGACAAUAUCUACAUUAUUGAUGACCUUCAUUAA